CCUCUGGGAAGUGUAGUUCUGAAUCGAGCAGAAUCCCGGGAAAUGUAGUUCUGCGCAGACACUUCCGCCUUCGGGCGAUGUCAGUCGAUGCUGAGGCCUCCGGGGCGAGGCUUUGUGGGGCGGCGACGGGAUUGGGAGGUUGUGGCCUGGGGCGGCCUCCGUGACCGCCCUGUCCCUCGGCGACCCUGGCCCGCACUGGGCAGGCCGGACAACGGCUCCGCGGCGCGGCUGUUCCCGUCCAGGCCAUGGCUCUCAGGAACAAGAUGGCUCGGUGAGGUAAGGAAGGGGAGGCUCGGAACUGGAGGUGCCGUUUUCAGCUCCUGGCCAGAGGCCGUUUCCAGAGCAUCAGGACAGAGAGGCCAGAGCAGCAGAAAAUGAUCAUGUCACAGUGUGUCAGAAAGCCCAGCCCAUAUUCAGGAGGAGAGGCCUACCCAGAUGCAUGAAUAUCAGGAGUUAGAGAUAUCAUUUGAGGAUGUGGCUGUGGAUUUCACAUUGGAGGAGUGGCAGCUACUAAAUCCUAUCCAAAAGAACUUGUACAGAGAUGUGAUGUUGGAGAACUACAGCAAUCUAGUGUUCUUGGGUCAUGAAAUUACCAAACCUGAUGCAGUUUUGAAGCUGGAGCAACAAGAGCCCUGGAAAAUAUAUGAAGAAAUUCUAAAUCACAACUUCUCAGAAGAACUCUGGCUAGAUAAUAAUCUCAAAAUGUGGCACCACAAUAAUCAAGACAAGCUUAAAAAUAUGGAAAAAGGCCAUCAAUAUGUUUUGGGAAAAAUAUUUCAUUCAAGCAUUAACUUUGUUCAUUUAGGAAUGAGACUCCAUAAAUGUGGCACAAGUGAAAAAAGUUUGAAUCAUCCUUUUGAUUUUCUUAUUCAAAAAAAUAACUGUGGAAGAAAGAAACUUGAGCUUAAUAAGAAACUGUUAUUCUAUAUCAAAACUGACAGAACAUUUGGUGGAAUAAAACGCUGUGACUGCAAUAAAUGUAGAAAGGCCUGCAACCAAGAAUCAUGGCUCAUUACAAACCAGACAACACAGAGAGGAGUCUAUUUAUGCAUAGAAUGUGGUAAAGUUUUUAACAAGAAGUCACAGCUUAUUGUACAUGAGAGAACUCACACGGGAGAGAAGCCCUAUGGAUGCAGUGAAUGUGGGAAAGCCUUCUCACAAAAGUCACUGCUCACUAUUCAUCAAAGGACUCAUUCAGGAGAAAAACCAUAUGGAUGUGGCGAAUGUCCAAAAGCUUUCAGUAGGAAGUCACUGCUCAUUUUACAUCAAAGAACUCAUACAGGAGAGAAGCCAUAUAGAUGCAGUGAAUGUGGAAAGGCCUUCAGCAGGAAGUCACAGCUUAAAAGACAUCAAGUAACCCAUACAAUAGAGAAACCCUACGGCUGUAGUGACUGCGGGAAAUCUUUCUCCCAGAAAUUAAAGCUCGUUACACAUCAGAGAACACAUACAGGAGAGAAACCCUAUAAAUGUAGCGACUGUGGCAAAGCCUUCUUUUGGAAGUCACAGCUCAUUACUCAUCAAAGGACUCACACAGGGAAGAAACCUUAUGCCUGUAGUGAGUGUAAAAAAGCAUUCAGCAGGAACUCAGUCCUUAUCAGGCAUCAGAGGAUUCACACAGGAGAGAAGCCCUAUGAAUGCAGUGAAUGUGAUGAAGCCUUCAUCAGAAAACCACAGCUUAUCAGACAUCAAAUAACUCACACAGGAGAGAAGAACUGUCAGUGUAGCGACUGUGGAGAAGCCUUCUUUAAGAAGUCAGAGUUAAUAAGACAUCAAAAGCUUCAUUUAGGAGAGAAACCCUAUGGAUGUGUUGAAUGUGGUAAAACCUUCUUUGGGAAGUCACAGCUUCUUACACAUCAGCGAACUCACACUGGAGAGAAACCUUUUGAAUGCAGUGAGUGUGGGAAAGCCUUCACCCAAAAGUCAAGCCUGAUAUCUCAUCAGAGAACUCAUACAGGUGAGAAACCCUAUGAAUGCAGUGAAUGUGGGAAAACUUUCAGUGAGAAAUCAAGUCUCAUUCAUCACCAGAGAACCCAUACUGGGGAAAAGCCCUUUGAAUGUAGUGAAUGUAGGAAAGCCUUUGCCUGGAAGCCACAGCUUCUUCGCCAUCAAAGAAUCCACACAGGGGAGAAACCCUAUGCAUGCAGUGAAUGUGGGAAAGCCUUUGUUCAGAAAGUACAACUCAUUAAACAUCAGAGAAAUCAUACAGGAGAGAAAACUUACGUAUGCAGUGAUUGUGCAAAAGCUUUCUUUGAGAAGGCACAGCUAAUUAUACAUCAGAGAAUUCAUACAGGAGAGAGGCCCUAUAAAUGUGGUGAAUGUGGAAAGUCUUUCACUAGAAAGUCACAUCUUAUGAGGCAUCAGAGAAUUCACACAGGUAAUAAAUACUAUGGCUGCAAUGAAUGUGAGACUACCUUCAAGAGGAAGGCACAGCUCAUGAUCCAUCAGAGGAAUCAUGUAAUAUAGAAACCACGUGAGAGCAGUGAGUGUGGAAAGGCUGCUAGCAGAAUAUCACUCCUCUUAAUACUUCUGAGGAUACACACAAAACAGAAACCCUGUCAUUACAGUGACUGUUGGGGGGAAAAAUUAUUGUAAAGGCACAUGUCACUAAUAAGAAUUCAGAAAGAGAUUUUUU